GUCGUGCUCAGAUCGAUAGUGCAUUCAAUUUCGUAAUUUUUACAUGAAAAUAUCCGUCUAAAGGCUCCGGGAAUCGACGAUGAACCGUGCGCAGGUGGUCAGCCUGCUGGAGGAACUGAAGAAGUCACCGGACAAAACCACCAUCUACCGUAAGUUGGUGCGAAUACGCACGGAGGUCAUUGACACGGAAGCUGGAACGCAGCUCUUCUACGCCCUGGAUGGAAUCCGACUGCUGGUGGCCCUAAUGGCCAAACCGUACGAAAAAGUGCUGGAAGUGGCCCUCAGCAUCCUGGGGAACUGUUGCAUGCGGAAGGAGUGUGCCAAACAGGCAUUCGAGGAAGGGAUCCUGCCACCGCUUAUCUCCAUCAUUGCCAACAUUCCGAAUCCGGCCAUUCAGUGUCGUGGUUAUCGGCUGCUGGGAAACCUGGCGCAAUUUCCGGUAAUCGCGUACGCCAUUGGAAAGGAUUGCAACAACACAACGUACGCCAUAUCGUCGAUUCUGACCGACUCGAACAACACUGCCGUCCUGAUAAUGGCCAUCCGAGCCGUUAGACAACUGUGGAAUGAGAAAACCGUUCGCAAUCUUUUGAUAAGCCAGGGAUGCAUUAAGAAGAUCAUUGACUUGCUUGUUAAAUUUGCUCGCAAUGAAGCCAAGGAAUUGAAUAGCCCGGACAGUCCCACCGAAGAGGAAACCAUGGGAGAAGAAACGGAACGAGUCGUAAUCAAACGGAUGCACGCUCCGGAUCGGACGAUUACGAAGGAAAAGUUUAAAAACAUCGUACGCCACAUGGAGAAUAGUCAUCACUGCGACAUCGUUGGGUACCAGCUGAUCAAGAGCUAUCGCUGGAAGGAUUCUCUAGAUUUCAAGAUGCCGGAGGCAAAGGAAACCAUAGAACUGUUUACCGGGAUUUUAAAAUGUCUGCAAACGAUUACAACUACGACGAGUGCGCAGGUUGCCGAAGAGCUUUACGGCGAGCAGGAUUGUGGAAUCAAAUGUCUGGUGUUCCUGUGCUCUGAGAGCAGCCAGUUCCGGACGUUGGCCCUGAAGAUAGUGUACCAUCUGGCGUCUAAUCCGGAUGCGAUCAAUAAACUCACUGCCUGUGAUGUGAUAACGGUUACAUCGGAUCUGAUUAUGUAUGCCAAUCUAGAUGAUUCCGAGAAGCGUUACUGUACGACUGUGAUAUGUCUGCUGGCGAAGGAAGCUUGCAACCGGGGUCAUAUCCGGCGCAGUGGCGCCCUGCAAGCCCUCAUGAAACUAGCCAAACAGUGUAAAGAAAAGCACGAACUUAGUAUAAUCCUGUACGCACUCUACCAGUAUCGGUUCGAUAAUCUCAGCUACGAAAUUCUCCUGAACAACGGCUUGGUAAGCUUUCUGGUAGGAGUCCUAAACACCAUAAUAGCCGAGAAGGAAGUGAACCACAUCAAACAUGACGACGAGGAAACUAUGAGCACCAGUGUCUACUCGAAGCGAAGGUCCAGCAGCCAGAAGGCCAAAUUGAAACGGAGCGAUGAACUAUUCAACUUUAAAAAAUCGAGCUACUACCGGCAUUCGAAGGUGGCCAAAAUUGAUCCGUACUGUUCGGCACCGGAAUCGCCGGAAAGUGGAAGCAGCGGGUACGCCAGCACCAGCUACAAUGGCGUUCGAAACCCGCCAAGUAACACUUCCAGUCCGGCUAGGACCGACGAUAAUGAUGAUUUUGACGACGACGAUGACGAUAUCUAUUCGCCGGUUUGUAGCGACACGGAAGAAGAUCCUGACACGGUGGUUGCCAAUUCGGAGGAACGUGUUGCUGCGGAAGUGGAAACAAUCGACGAUAACACUGAGGAUGCCAAAGCCGUCGAGUUUGACAUCCUAGCCUAUCUGUACGAUGACAACUCGAACACGAAUCUGAUGUCCGCUACGGACCUGGACCGGGAAGAGGAGGCACCCCUCACCCAGACCGAACAUCGACCUCGGAACCAUUGUAGCUUCGACGACGCAAUUGACGAUAACGAAAUCCAUGACAUCGAGCUGGAGAUUGUCUCGUCGAAGGCGUUCGAGAAGAACCCGAUGCAACCGAUACUGACGCUGCUGUGGUCGAUUUCCAAAUCGCACAAAGGCUUGGAGUUUGUGCACCCGGGAACGCUGUCGACGAUGCUGAAGAUUUGCAAGCUCACGAAGAAGCCCCGGGGACGGGCCUUCCAGACUAUUGCCAACAUUAUAAAGCACGUGGAUCAUUUCUUGCCGCUGCUGAAGCAGGACUUUGUGUUCCGGCUGCACGAUUGCAAGACGCCGUACAGUUCGCACUCCAGGUGUUGGAGCUGUGAUGAGAUGAAGUCCGCUUGCAACGAGCUGAUGUCCCUGUUCGGGAACAUUGGCGAAACCGGCUACGGCCAGGGUGAAAUAGCUCACAUUCUCCGCACCGGCGAACGCACCCUACAGCUGCAGGUCUCCAUCAUCGUGAUGUACGUGGUUCGGGAUACCAAGUUGCUCCACAAGCUCCUGUAUGAUAUGAAAAUUUUGAACACUGUGAUGAACAUUAUCCUUAACGAGAAUGACGACGAAGAGGAGGAACUGUACGAGCAACGGUUGAGCGUGGCUGCCUGUUCCGGGAUCACGACGCUGGCGCAAAACCUGUCCAUCUGCGGUGAGGAAGAGGACACCGGAACGCCCAGCGAAAAGCUGGAAGCCAAAGAGUUUGACAACACCCUGACGAUUUGCAACGAGAGCAACAGCAGCGAGGAGAAGGUUACGUUCAAGGUGAAGAAUGCGAGCGGCGCGAUGGACAGCGUGCGGGUGAGUAAGAGUUUGCUGAUGCAGGGAAGCGACGUCUUUCAGCGCAUGUUUGACGGGGAUCAUUUCAUUGAGUCGAAGAAUAAUGAAGUGUAUCUAAAGGAGAACAUCAGCGUGGACGGGUUGAAGUACUUCUUCUACCUGAUAAGGCUGCAGACGGUUAAUAAGCUAACUGGGAUGGCACCACCUCCGAAGCUGAUCGAAGCCAGCUUGGAUGCGCUUAGUCUUUCGCAGAAAUAUCUGCUUCCCGGCGUGGAGCGGUCGGUGCAGAAUAUCGUUAAAACGUUGCUGAAUGACGAUUGCGUAUUGAAUGUGUUCGAAUGGUCGUUGAGGAACUACAACCAGGAGCUGUUGGAUGCAUCUACUUAUUACUUCUUGUACUCGGACAUAAGUGGAGCAGCUAAGUGCAAGCUGUUCCGAUCGGCGAAUAAGUCCAUUUACAGGAAGGAAUGGCGCCGAUUGAUGAACGAAACUAUCCUAUGUCGAGUGCAGCCGAACGUAGAGUAGUAGCA